GCCAUUACGAUUAGUGAUGAACGUGUCCCUGUGAAAAACUCGUGUCGUUGCACAAUCUGAUUAAAAUUCUACCAAUCCAGUGCGUUAAAUUUCAUAAAAAUAGUGAAAAUAGUUAAUUUAAUAUCGUGUUUAAUCAUAUUAAUGAGUAAAAUGCAGUAAAACAACCGAUUUCAUGCGAAAAAAAUGCUGUGAAAAAAAGCAUAAAGCAAAUCCGUCGUUCAUUGAUUUUUUUUUUCUGCUGUGUGGGGUGAAAUACAAUAUGGCGUGUUGGUGAUGUGUGUGCUACAUCGAAUGCAGAGCCCUCUGGGUGGCGCAUUUGUUGUUUCAGUUACGUUCAUUCGUCUCGCUUUUUGCUUUCGAUUGUUGUUGUUGGUUUUGGUUUAGUUCAAUUCGCGUUCGCAUUCGUUUUCGUAUUCGAGUUCGAGUUGAAUAGCAUCGUGCCGCGCGGAACUUUCGAACUUCGGUUGAAUUUUUCCACUUAAAUCACACACACGCAAAAACACAGUAGCGCCUACUCGCUCUAACUCGAUAUUGUUGUUUCAUUCUUCGAAAUUGUGUACGCCAGAAAAAAAUCAUCCUUCGGGGAUAACACAACACAAACAACAACAAAUAACCAAAACAUCAACAGAACCAGGCUCAAGGAUUACUAUCAAUUCGUUUAUAAUAAAAGAAAUCGGCGGCAAAAAUAUUAUCAACAAUUUCAACAAAAACAACAACAAUACUGUUCCAUUUGUUGAGAAUAACUUUCAUGGACAGUGUGCCCUAUGUGGCCAAGGAGAAGAAGAAGGAGCAGCAGCAGCAGAAGGAAUUAAAUCUAAAUUAAUAAGAAUUGGAAUUUAAAAUUAAAUUUAAAAUCAAAUACUUUAAAAACAAAAGAUGUCGAAACUAUCGUUUCGGGCGCGAGCCCUCGAUCCAGCCAAACCAAUGCCAAUUUUCUUGGCCGAGGAAUUGCCGGAUUUGCCAGAGUAUUCGGCAAUUAAUCGGGCAGUUCCUCAGAUGCCAAGUGGAAUGGAAAAAGAAGAAGAAUCUGAACACCAUCUACAAAGAGCGAUAUGUACUGGUUUGAUUAUUCCCACGCCCGAGGUGUUUACAUGUGAUCAGGAUUUCUAUGACAGAAGCUAUCCUCCCAACUAUAAAAUGCCACGCCAGAUGAUUCAUAUGCAACCACUCGGUCUGGAACAGGAUAUUCCCGACUAUGAUAUGGAUAGUGCAGAUGAAAUGUGGGUAAAUCAACAAAGUCGGCGAUUGGAAUUAACUCCAUUAAAGUUCGAACAAAUGAUGGAUCGACUUGAGAAGAGUUCCGGCCAAACUGUGGUAACGCUAAAUGAAGCUAAGGCACUGCUCAAACAAGACGAUGAAGUUAGCAUAGCAGUUUACGAUUACUGGUUGAAUAAGCGUUUGAAAACUCAACAUCCAUUGAUUUUGUCAGUCAAAACAGAGAACCGACCUGGUACUUCGGCAAAUAAUCCGUACUUAGCAUUUCGUCGACGCACCGAAAAGAUGCAAACACGAAAGAAUCGUAAAAAUGAUGAGACAUCAUAUGAAAAGAUGUUGAAGUUGAGGCGAGAUUUGUGUCGAGCGACGACUGUACUUGAAAUGGUAAAGCGACGUGAGAAAACGAAAAGAGAACAAUUGCAUUUAUCUAUUGAGAUCUUUGAGAAGCGGGUUCAGCUGCGUGACUUUAGUGGAAGCCUAAUGUCAGAGCUAAGUUCGACUAUCAAAAAUUCAAGGCCAGCAUUUGCACCAUUAUAUACAAAUCAAUACUCACAUAAUCCAUCAGUCCCGUCUACGAAUCCAGUUGGAGGUCUUUUGCCGUCGAAUACAGCAUCGACCAGUGGCGGUCAUAGUUAUACUUCGACGUCACAGUACCUGAACCCUGCAAAUCUUGCAGUUGAUCCAGUCGGUGUUAGCAGUAGUGGUAGUCGUAAAGAGAAAAGACAAUAUAAAAAACGCAAACACAAAAUACCACGUGAAAAGCAAUAUUCCUUAGUUCAAAGCUCAUCACCUGCGCCAAUAGAAUCGACGAUCGAAACUGAAGAAGAGGAUCUCACAAAUAACCCGUUGGGUUCGGAAGGCGAAGAUGAAGGACAAUUUGCAUUUAGACGAAAUAAGAACUGCAAUUACCACCGGCCCCUUGACUCUUAUGGAAAUUGGCCAUGGGAAUCGAAGAACGAUAAUGGCUUUGGAGAUAAGAAAUAUAGAUAUACCCUUACAUCCAUAAGACAUCCAAGGCCACGUUGUAUAGGAUUUGCACGACGUCGACUGGGAAGAGGAGGACGUGUUAUUUUAGAUCGAGCAUCAACAAAUAUGGAUGAUAUUUGGUCUAAGCUCGAUUACACCAUUAUGGAAAGUAGCAGCUUACAAAACCCCGCCGCAUGUCUAAACGCAAAUCCAGCAGCCACCACCAUAAAUCAGCAAACUCAGAACUCUCCAAGAACCUGCCCAACAACUGAAAAUAACGUCAAUAUAGCCGAUUGCGACUAUGUGGACGACGAAGAUGAUGAGAAUGUUUCUCGGGAUUCACUUUAUGUGACAGCAUUUGUGAAACCGGUGCCAAUAAAACGUCCCAAACGCAAAUGGGAUCACAACAGUUUUCAUCCCAAACACAGAACAUCAAUCAAUAAUAAUAAUAACAACAACAACAGUGAAAACAACAAUAGUAUUAGUCCCCUUAACGAAGAAUUAAUCAAGCGAGAAAAGCUGAAUGACGCCGAAGACACUUACAAGUUUUCAACGUCAUCGUAUGCAGCUAACGUUGAUCAACAGCAGCAUCACCAGCGGCAGCAACCUAACACCUCCAACACCAUGUACUCAGAGGUUGUAAGCGAUAUAAUUAAAAAAGAACAGGUGCUGCCUACCGAUCGCAAAUUUAAUCCUAACGACAUAAAUAGUAGCAGUAGUUUUAAAUUUAGUUGUAAUAGUUUAAACGAACAAACUUACAAUAGCAUUAACAGAACUACAUCUAAUGUAAAUGUAAACAAUUUCAUAAACAAUAACAACAAUGAUGGAGGAAAGCCCAAUGUGAUAAGCAGUGCCGAUGUCCAAAUCAAGCAAGAGAUAAUCGACUCGGCCGACUUGAAUAUUCUCGAUGAUGAGAAUGUGAAUUUGGCCCGUUUGAGUAGCUACAUAAAUGCCAAUCGAAAUAAUGCAGCGAAUCAGACCGUAAGCGAUGUGUUGAGCACGAACGAGCCCGAUGACGAGAUGAGCGGUAGCGGUUUGACAAUUAACAACAAUCAAUUGCCCAAGAGUCAGUUUACAGAAGCGAAAGAUGUGUUGCGGCAUAGUAACUUAAAGGAUUGCUUCGCAUUGAAUGACCGACAGUUUCCGUUUCUUUUGGACUAUACGAGUGCACCGCCUCCAUCGAGUAAACGAAUGGAGAUUUGCAACGAAGUCCUGAGUGAGAUAAGAAGAGAUUGGUUGCAUUUUCGACCGAAGACACCUUCAAUUGAGUUGGAUGACUAUAAUGAGCCAAUAACGGCGGCGGUGACUGUAAAAACGGAAGUGGAAAGUGGAGAAUCUCCAACUACUCCAGCAACUCCAGCUGUUGAAUUCUCAGUGGCGACACCCAUAUCCAUUGAAAUGCAACGUCUUAGCCAAUGCGCAAGCCCUCCUUCGGCGAUAUUCCAAGACAAUGGCAAUAGUACUUCAGCGGGUUUGUGGGAGAGCACUUCUGAUGAUGCACUCUUCGUAACAAAUCCCUUUUCAUACGCCGACCUGGAACCGGACUCGCAGCUGCUUCCAUCAGUGUUUGCGGCUAACUAUCUUAGUAAAUUAUCGCCAGAUAAUCAUCAUUUGGAUACUAACGUUGGUAUUGAUUUGAAUUUGAGCGGCGACAGUUUAGCUGACAUGAAUUUCUCCCUGGGCGAGGAUGACAACGAAAACAUGCUGGACAACAUUUUGCAAGAGUGCCAAAUAGACGACCUAAAGACGCUCAAUCAAACAACGACAUUUUGGAAUGGCAUUCUCGACGACGGCGGCGCUGGCUUGCUCGACUGUAUCGAAGAAAAGAAAUUGCCCAGUGAUGCGACGACGAAACAUGGAGAGGCGGGUGACAGUGCAGGCGCUGAUGUCCCAAUGGAUGAUGACAAGGAAGGUGUUAAGGCUGCGAUAGAUAGUAAAUUAAACAACAGCCAUUUCAAUAUUGGCAGUUCGACAUUCUCGACGAUAAACGGUCUAAAGGAUGAGAUAUUCUUCAAGAAAGAAGAAGUCAAGGAGAAGUUACCCGAGGUAAACAAAAUAGAACCGCCCGAUGAGAUUCUAGCAUCGCCUCCGCCACCUCCAGUUGCAUCACCAGCCGCAACAGCAGCAUUAUCGAUAGCACAACCACCCGCCCAUCAACAACUGCAGAUUAUGCAACAGCAAGGAUUGUUGCCGACAUCCGAGUUCGCAGCAAACACAUCAUCUCUAGUUCAUCCAUCAGGCCAGAGAACAGCUUUAAGAAUAGUUCAACAACAACAGCAGCAGCAACAACAACAUCAGCAACAGCAACAACAGCAGCAGCAUCUUCUGCAACAAAAUCUGCAACUUCAGCAGAAGAGUCUUGUAACGCCGGUUGUUACACAAGGUGCAAUGGUAUCCCGACCGCAUGUACUUACGUCAAUGGCCACAACCAACCAUACAACUAUAUUUGCGACUCAAGAUACCAACGCAAACGGCGGUGGUGGUGGUGGCGGCAAUAUGCCACAGAAAAUCUACCUAAAGCAGAGCAACUGCAAUGUUGGUGGCGUUGUCAACACCAAUCAAGUUCCUAAUAAUGUUAAUCAACAACAGAACGCCGUCAUAUUGGCAAAUGUGAAGUUGGACAACAAUGAAAUAACAUGUGAUAGUCUGGGUAAUACUAUUAUUUCAAGUAAUGGCCCAAAUCAUAGUGGCAGCGCUGGCGGUGGUGGUAGUAGCAGUGGUUUGGUUGAUGCAGGCGGGGGGAGUUCUAGUGGCAAUGGAAAUAUGAUAUUAACUGAUAAUCUGAUGAGUCACCAGACGCCUAUGAUUGUGACGACUUCAAAACCGCAACAGCAGCAGCAACAACAGCAGGCACAGCAAAUCGUAUGGCGACACGUUGGACAAGGUGGAUCUGGAAUAUUGUCAACCGAUGCGACUGCAAACAAAAUUGUUUGGACGAGUCGACCGGCGGCGGGGCAAAAGAAAACACUAAACGGGCCUGAAGCUCUGGAUAAACUGCUCUUAACUCGGAAACUCUCACAGCGAAAGGUUCAAAUUGCUCAUCAACAACAGCAACAACAACAGCAUCAACAACAACAACAGUAUCAAGUUAUAAAAACCGAAGAUGACUCAAAUAACACAACAAUAAUCGAUGUUAAUAAUCAAACCAGUCAAAAACAACUUCCAACUGGAAAAGUUAUAAAAAUGUCAUCUUAUCCCGUUGUGGUAUCUGAAUUAAGUGUCCAACAACAACAAAAUUCUGCUGCUGUUGCCGCCAAUCACAAUUAUAGCUUGCAACCAUCAUCGCAACCAAUUACGAUGAUAAGCCAACAUUCGAAUACCGGCGGAGUGGCUGGAACGAGUGGUAAUAAACUUAUACUAAGUACAUCAGGACCUUCGGGUAAUGUCACAAGUACUAGUAAUUUCACAAUUGCCACAUCGUCUGGAGAUAUGCAAAACAAAAUUCAUUACAAAGAGAUUCCCAAUACGAAUCUUAAAUUGAAUUUUGUCUCAACUGGUUCAAUACAGCAGAGUAAUAUUGUGGUGGACUCGAAGAAUGCCAUCACCGCCCAGCAGCUAAACAAUCAGCAACUAAAAUCAGCCCAGCUUCAACAGCAGCACCAACAACAACAGCAGCAUCAGCAGCAGCAGCAACAACAGCAGCAACAGCAACAACAACAGCAGCAACAGCAACAACAGCAGCAGCAACAGCAGAUUCAGCUACAAAAAAUGAAACGCGAUCGAAUAUUGAACAUUAUUGGUGGCGAGAAUCCAGAAAACAAGCGAGUGUUUUACACAAGUUUGUUGAACUUGAAGUCCCUCCAUAAAAACAACUCUGGACAAAUGCAAAUGCAGAUCUCACCCGGUAUGACCACAGUUCUGGGAAAGCACCAGCUUCAGCGCAUUGCUAACAAUCCGGCCUUGUUCGCAAACAUGCGCGUUCCCAUAACCAACCAAGUUGUCAACACCCAAACUGGAGCCUCAGUGUCUGCGGCUGGCACAACAACAGCAAUGUACACAACCUCCGCCUCGCCAAAGACCAGCGCUAACGAUAUAUCAGUAAAGAUCAAUAACAACUCCAACGAUAUGGCUACAACUUCGUCCAACAUGAAUGCAGGCUCAUCAGCAACUGGAGGCAAUACAGCUAACAAUAACAACAACAACAAUAACAACUCACUCUCGGCAGGCAUCAAUCUAAAUACAACCAACAGAGUCAAGACUGUCGUAUACCAACAGAGAGCGAAAUAUAAAUAUAAAAAAUCUACUUGAAUGAAAAAAAAAUAAACAAAAACGAAUUUUGGCACAUAUUACAUUAAUAAUAAUAAUAUAAUAUUAAAUAAAACACACAAAAGCUAAAUGAACUCUAUAAAUAAUAAUAAUAAUGAAAACAAAACAAAAAACAAAAAAUAUUUAUUAGAUAUAAUGUAAAAUUAUGUGUGUCUAAUUUAAAUAUAUAAAUAAUAAUAAAAAUAUUGCAGUAAUUUCUAGAAUUAUUAUUAUGAUAAUUAUUGUUUAUCCGUGAUUUAAUGAGUAAACAAUGAAAAAUACGCUUAUAGAUAAAUAAACUCAGAAAUUGUAAGAAAAUUAUUCAUAAGUUUUACUAUAUAAAUACAAACAAAAAAAAACAUAAAUAUACAAAAUAAUUUUAUUAUUUUCCAUAUAAUUGUUUAAACAUUUUUAUUUUUUAAUUUAACAAAACAAAUUAUAACAAUUACAAAAAUAUUUAAUAAAAAAUCAUCAAAUAAAUAAAAAUAAAACAAAAAAACCAACACUAUAAAUAUUAAUAAAACAAUUUAAAUAUACAUAAGUACGUGUAAAUCUGUAAACUACUAUUUAAGUAAUUAUUAAUUAAAACAAAACAAAAAAAAAACAAACAACAAACAGAAGAAGAUGACAAAAGAUAUUUGGAUUUUAAAUGUAAUAUAAAUUUGUAUUAAUUACUUAAUUAAUUAAAAACAAAAAAACAACAAAUUAAUUAAUAAUAUAAAAAAUAAAAAAAAAAUUAUAAUAUACAUUAUGGAAAAUAAAAUAAAAAUUGUAUUGUUAUAAAUUCAAUAAUAAAGAAAAACCUAAAUUCAUUUAACUGAAAAAAAAACAACCAUUGAAGUGAAAAGACGCAACAUUUUUUGUAUAAACAUAUAAUUAAAUUUUUGAUGAUUACGAAACAAAACAAAAAGUUUUUUGAAAGGUGUUUUGAUUUA